AGGAAUUGUUGCCUACGGUUCACCACAGGUUUUGCGUAUGGAAUUUAUGGAAAAAUUUCAAUAAACAAUGGAAGGAGUUGGAGUUGAGAGGAAUGUUGUGGGAUUGUGCCAGGGAAACUACUCGCCAUGGGUUUGAACAGAAGAUGCUUAGGCUAAAGAGGAGAAAUGAAGAAGCAUGGGCAUACUUGAACAAGUGGCCUAAAGAGUCAUGGACAAGAGCAUUUUUCAGUCAUGGACCAAAGAUGGACAACAUUUGUAACAACGGCUGUGAGGUAUUUAACUCAAGAAUUAAGGAGUUCAGAGCAAAGCCAAUUAUAACACUACUAGAGGAGGUUCGGAUGUUUGCAACGAGGUCAAUUGCCAAAAAUAAAGUCAAAUUAUCUCACCAUAUUGGCAAGCUACCCCCAAUCCAACAAAGUCGGCUACAGAAGAUCAGAAAAGACUCGCAAAAAUGGACACCUAUAUGGUGUGGAGAUGAUGGCUACCAAAGGUUUGAAAUUCACGGCUGGCCUACUAACAUGGCAGUUGAUUUAAGCAAAAGCAUCUGCACUUGUAGAUUCUGGCAGAUAACAGGCAUGCCGUGUGUCCAUGCACGUGCAGCAAUUUCAAGGAUAAAUAAAAAUCCUGAAGACUUUUGUCAUCAUUGGUUGACUAUGGAGGCAUAUAGGGCUACAUACAUGCAUUCCCUAAAUCCAAUACCGGGUGAGGAACUGUGGGAAAAAUCUGAAUACAACAGACCUCAAGCACCUAAAACUAGGAGAAUGCCAGGAAACUUUAAGAAGAAAAGGAGAAAGGACGCUGAUGAGGAGCCUUCGAGCAGUAAGAAGUCUAAAACUGCAACAAAGUUAAAGAGAAUCUACAAAGAAUUUACUUGUACCUACUGCGGUGUUAAAGGACACACUAAAAGAAGUUGUGCUCAUAGAAAAGCUGAUGAUAUUGCAAGUGCUCUUGCUGCUGCAGCAGCAGCUGUUGUAGCUAAAUCCAAAUCCCAAGAUGGAGCUAGUGCAAAUGCACCCGAUGAUGCUGCGACAACUGCUGGUAUACAAACUGUGGAUGCUCCACAGGUUUCGGAGAUUGACAUCACCCAUCCCACUGUUUCACAGCCAUAAAUUAUAGAGCAGGUGCCUCCACCUCCACCUCCACUCACAAGGCCGGAUAAGCUGCCGCAUAAAAGAAGAGCAACUCCCAGUGUGGACCCAAUGCAAGGAGCUAGUUCUGGGACAGCGUCAAAGUUUACUGAAUUUAUGAAAUUU